CCGCCCCUCCUCCCCGAGCAGCGCGCGGCGCGCAGGCGCAGUGGCUGCCGGGGGUGCGGACCCGGCGCGAAGCGGGUGGUCUCCGCGGAAUCGUGUCCCGGAGCCUCCGAUCCUUCCCUCUCCGCCGGCCCCGCGCCCCAGCGAGGACCAGCUUUCGGAGCUGCGGGGCGGGAGCCGGCGUGUCCUCCUCGCCGCGCGCGGUUGGAGGCUGUGCGCCUGCGGGCCGGGCCCCAGGGCGCCCUCCAUGGCGGGCCUGCGGGUGGAGGUGGACGGCGGGCUCCUGGAAGGGGGCGGCCAGAUCCUUAGGGUGUCCACGGCCCUGAGCUGCCUCCUGGGGCUCCCCUUGCGGGUGCAGAAGAUCCGAGCCGGCCGCAGCACGCCCGGCCUGCGGCCUCAGCACUUAUCCGGACUGGAGAUGAUUCGAGACCUCUGCGCUGGGCAGCUGGAGGGAGCGGACAUCGGCUCCACCGAGAUAACGUUUACACCCGAGAAGAUCCAAGGUGGGAGCCACACGGCCGACACCAAGACGGCAGGGAGCGUGUGCCUCUUGCUGCAGGUGUCCCUGCCCUGCGUCCUGUUCGCCGCGUCUCCCUCCGAGCUGCGCCUGCGAGGCGGCACCAACGCUGAGAUGGCCCCGCAGAUCGACUACACGGCCAUGGUGUUCAAGCCAAUUGCUGAAAAAUUUGGUUUCAAGUUUAAUUGUGACAUUAAGAUGAGGGGCUACUACCCAAAAGGGGGUGGUGAAGUGAUUGUCCAAGUGUCUCCAGUGAAACAGCUGAACCCGAUAAACAUAACCGAGCGUGGCUCUGUGACGAAGAUAUCCGGGAGGGCUUUUGUGGCCGGCGCUUUGCCAUUUAAAGUAGCGAAGGAGAUGGCGGCGGCGGCCGUGAGGUGCCUCCGGAAGGAGUUCAGGGACCUGUACGUGAACAUCCAGCCGGUGCAGGAGCCCCGGGACCACGCCUUCGGCAAUGGCAGUGGCAUCAUGUGCGGCCCCGGGCUUUCUCCCAGACCUGGCGUGGUGGCUGAGACGUCCACGGGCUGCCUGCUGGCAGGGUCAGCGCUGGGCAAACGAGGUGUCAAUGCAGACAAGGUUGGCAUCGACGCUGCCGAGAUGCUCCUGGCAAACCUGAGGCACGGCGGGGCCGUGGACGAGUACCUGCAAGACCAGCUGAUCAUUUUCAUGGCACUGGCCAACGGAGUUUCCAGAAUAAAAACAGGACCCGUGACACUCCACACGCAGACGGCUAUACAUUUUGCUGAACAGCUAGCAAAGGCUAAAUUCACGGUGAAGAAAUCAGAAGAGGAAGGAGACGCCUCGAAAGACGCCUACAUCAUCGAGUGCCAAGGGGUCGCGAUGACGAAUCCAAACCUGUAGGGGCUGUGCCUGGGGGACGGCCCGCGGCGACCUAUUGCGCUGACUCAUGUCGUAAAUACCGCAGGACCGCGCAUCGGGAGUCCUUGCUGGCGAACCCACUGAAACUCCAGGCGGAGUACAGAGUGUUCUAGAUCUGCGGGGCCGCGCCGUCCCAUUCGUCUGACUCAGAAUGUCCCCGGCACGCGGACCGGGAGCUGUCCGCCGGUGGGUGUCUGACAGCUGAUCUCAGUGUGAACGUGUUGGUAUAAAAUCUUCUGUUCCCCCGGA